UCACCGCUGCCUCAGCUGCCUCAGGGUGGUCAGCGCCCGCUGCAGUGCUGUCCUGAUCCUUAGAGAAUACUCGCGGAUCCGCUGCAUCUCGUCUUCAGACAGGUGCUGCUGGCCACGUGCGAGGGAGGGGUAAGCCAGAGGGGCAUUGGGGGUGGCGACGGGCGUCGAGGGCGGACUGGUGGGAGGGCCAAACAGGGAGCUGGAUGGCCGCACGCGCGAGGCCACAUCGGCAGUUUGCGACAU